CAGACCGAGCAGACAGAGGAACAACAUGGACCCAAACACGACCAUCCUGCGAGUGAAGAGGAAACGAGGCACCGACCCCGCGGACGCCUUGUUGCUGGCGUGCAAACGGAUCCGUCCGGAAACGUCGCCGAGCUCCGGUGAACCCAUCCCCGAGCCCGAUGAGGCCGAGGUGGAAAACUCCGUCUUCAAACUCGUGGCGACCGUAGCGACACAGGAUGCUCCCGUACAGACCCGGGUCCGACAGGCUCUGGCUAGGCCUCGAGUGGCCCACGCACUGCGCCCCUCUGCCGCCAGUUCUCAACGGAUAACUGGGGACCUACGAGGCACUAAGUGGAGCACCCGGAGGGAGGAACGCUACAGAAUACUCUCCAGCCACCGCACGGGCCUUCCAAGUCCAGCUGAUCAGCAAAGCCUCCAGACAGAUGCUCCCGAGAGUGCAGAGGAGUCUGGGAAAGAGCAGGACAAAUGUUUGGGUCCUUGUGAAAUUCAGGUGGUUGAUCUCGAACAUGAAGAUGUAGAGGAGCAGGGCAAAACCUCUGGCAAGACGUGCUCUGACCCAGAAGUGAUCCUGUGUAACAGCACAAAGAUGCUGCGUGAGCGUCUGUGCAUAUCUGGAGAGAGGCUGGAUGGUGAUCAGCGUGGGCAGGACGAUGACUACGUCUACGACCUUUACUACCAGGAAACCAUCACACCAGGGUGGAUUCAGGACAUCCUGUCUGUCAGGGCCUACGCCGAUGAGGGAGAACUGGUGCCUGACCUUGUGGUUCAUGAAGAGGAGGUGUAUGAAGAUGAGGAUGAUGAAAACGAGGAAGGCAACUGGAGGAACGACUACCCUGAUGAGGGAAGUGAUGCAGACAGUGACAGAGAGGAGCGCUAUGGUGGCUACAUGGAGGAGGACCACUCAUACAGCCGGAGGAGCUGGGAGCACUACCAGAGGGAAGUGCUGCAUGAGCUUGGCCGCAAUGGGGAAGUUGGCCGUGAGGAUGAUGAGGAUGACGAUGGAGACCAACUUCAUUCUGAUUGAUCUAACCACUAACCUGCACCUUUUCAGUGGAUCUUCCCAAAGCCCUCUCCACACAUAAUGCCAUACUCCACAGAUGUCUGUGUAGAUGAGAGUCGAGGGAAACACCGAUGCUUAAGUGGCACAGAAUAUGAUGGAAACAUACCAGGAAAAAAUCCUAUCUCCUAUUAUGUGGGGUACUCAUCAGAUUUUAUUAUUGCGUUCCUAAUUUCUGGUAAAAUUGGCUCCAACAUCCUUUUAAUACAUGCUAUAUUUUCAAAGACUUCAGUUUUUAUGUGCCAAAGUAUUAUAAUGUAACUGAGCCUCAAAGAUCCUAAACAAAAAUACAAAUUUCACGCAUCACAUACAGUAUAUCUGACGCAUCUCUUUACUACACAGAUUCUGGAGGGGUUGCUGUUAUUUCCAAAAGGUCCAGCGUCUUAUUUUUUUUUUUACUGUGGUGGAGUGAAGUUUGCGUGUGUGUGUUUGUUCAAAGUGGAUGUGUGUUAGAAAUGUUGCACAUUAGUGUGAUAUGCCUCGUAUGCUUUGUGCCGUUAACAAUUCUGUGAGCGACGUGUGUCGGGCAAUGUGUGGUUGCAAUUUAGGGUGUUUGCAUUUUUUUUCGCAUGGUAGUGUGUGUACGUAUAACUGUGCGUGUUAGAUUUUUUGCAUAAUGUGGAAAGCGUGGUGCACCAUAUUUGUUGUGGGUGUGUGUGAGAUUGUUUAGUUCCUAAUUUCCCGCUGAAAUUCAGAUUGUUUCUCUUGGAUACUUGUUGACUUUCACUUUUGUAAAUAUGUAGAUGUGUAUAAAAGGAAAGCUUUCAAAAUAAACUUAAAACAUGUCAGUGUCAA